AUGUCUUCAAGUGUCAUUCUUUGCUGUCUUACGACUAGGAUCCCGAGGGGACACUCAUCCAACCUCCUUUCUCUCUUUCUUUCGGCCUUGGACGCUCGUCUACGACUCAACAAAGCCUUUCCCCUCCUCGCGGGCGACAUACCAAAAAAAUCAGAACCAAUUAUCGAACUCCAAAAUAUUGAAAAGGAUAGUACUACGUCCCCCAGAUACCAUAUUCGUUAUUUUCUACUUACAGACGAUCUGGAAAAACAUAGACCAUACAUUGAGAUGUAUCCAGGUGAUAGUUUUGGUGAACUAGAAGUUCAAGCUGUGGUUCAAUGGAAAAAGGAACAAAAGCAAUGGUGGAAUAUGGAUAGUAUUACAGAUGAAAGAAGUAUUGAGAGGAAGCGAAGAAUGAAUGGUGAAAUGAAGGGGGAUGAACACUUGGUCAGGGGUAUGCAUAGGGCGUCACUUGACGCAACCCCUCAGUUCACAACUACUGUGAUGUUAUCACUUGAUACUUAUAGCUCAGCAAUUUAUUGGAAUGGAUCUAAAUUGAAGCUUCCAUCACGUGUGCUGAUGGUUGAUGAGCGUGUUGUGAAGGAGGCCGAAAAUCUUGAGAGAAGGAUGUAA